AUAGAGAUCGAGUUCGCGGAAAUUUGUGGGAUGUGGAGAAGGGAAAGGAGGGACGGAGAACUGCGACAGCAGACCGAAUUUGACAUUAGAGACAGGUUUGCUAGAGACAGUUGUUGCCCAUGGUGAGAGGGGAUUACGAUGGGGAGGGAAGGCGCUCGCUGCUGUUGCGGUUUCCUUGGCGGCGUGGUUGCUGGAGGAGAGACACCGGGAAGGUGCUAUCCAGAACACAGAGCGCCUGCCCGAUACCCAGACGCAAUACCUGCGAUACUUACGGCAGAUACCUGCGAAGCGGAUAUAUCCAGGUACCAGGUACACGACGUGGAGAAGACGACAGCCGCCUCACGUCUGAGAUCUCGGGCUGUCGUGCUUGCGGACUUUUACUCCAUGUGCUUACACCGAGCGUCAAGUCGUUCAUUCUCCUGUUGCCUGGAUAUCUCCACCUGAUACAUGUCACCGCCGCCGCCGCCGACGACGACGGCCCUAGACUAGAGCGAAACCACAGCCCGGAGGAUCACCCCCCUCACGUCCGAGCCCCGCCAAGUCCAGCCGUGGGAGCGACCACAGGGCGCACAAGAACCGGGCAGGUGAGCAGAGCAGAGCAGCGACACAGACAUCCGGGCGAACAAACAUCUGGGACGCCCUCCGCCCUCCGCCUACAGGCAGCUGCGCACCGUGUCCCAAGUGACGCACCAGCCGCGGGCCCCGACGUCGGCUACGCGCGCAGCCGUCUGGCGGUCGCACGCAACGGUUCGCCGCCUCGCCCUCGCUGCGAUCGAUAGACAGGUCGCCCGCUCCUCGGCGGUGAUCCCGGCCAGAUAGGUUGCGCCCAGGUCCGUGCUGUGGUAGGCAGCCUGGCUCCUCUCAGUCCCUCGGCGUCUCGAUGGAGCAGGCAGCCGACAGCUGGGGCGGAGGAGGGGGACCCCUUUUCCGUGAUCAGAGCUGAGAGCUAGCUGGGUUGGGUGUGGGACAGCCUGUCUCUGCGUCCGAUCCAAUCUCCGUCUACGUGUUGACUGCGUGGCACCAUCCUGGAUGUCGUAGCAGCCAGACGGAAAGGCAGACAGACAGACACCUGCCUCGACGUCUGUGAGAUGCACGGAUAUCUGUCUAUCCGCUAGUUGGGGCGGACACACCCGCACGAUGUGGCUGAUACCUUUUGUCCCCCCUCGUCAAACGGGGUGCUCUCGGUAUUACCAAUGUCCCUGGACGCAUGCCCGUCUCCCCCUCCCGCCUUAGGUCACGUAGGUAUUCGCUACAGCCGUAUAUGUCUACGUGUGUCUUGGGCAGCUAAAUACCUGCUCGUGAUAGCAGGAAAUGCGUA